AUGUCUGACCCCAUUCCCUCCGCAACCGGGGACCCCGUCGCUGUGGAGCAGCCUCACCCUGCCAAUGCUGAAGACCGCAAGGCGGCGGCUGCCCUUGACUCGCUUCAUACCAAUGAACUAGCCGCGGAUGCUCCAACCAAGGGGCCUUCCAGUGCCGACCAGGAGGCCCUCGGCAAGGCCAUGAGCCGACUUGAGAUUGCCGCUGGAAAAGGGUCCGCAGAAAAGAAUACGGCCGAUACAUCAAAGAAGGAGGCUGAGGUGAAAAGAAAGGCCAUUAAGAUCGUGGCCAGUGAUGUCACUUUACUGGCCGAACAGCUGGACUUGCAAAAGAAUAAAGCCACCGACCUGCUCAGAGCCCACGAAGGCGAUGUCACGCUUGCCAUGAAGGCGUUUAUCACGCCAUCAUUGGGAGCGUAAUGAUGUGCAUGGACAAUCUGUGAUGUCUGGG